UACGCGCAAGGCCGGGUUAUGUUCAUAACGACCUCGGCCUCAUGCAGUACAAAAGGGAAAUUGCGGCGUGACUGGCGCUCACAAUCAUGCACGUCCACUACAGUGCAUGUAAUACAAACGUACCUCAAACCACAAAACUGAACAUCUUCGUGAUGGACAUAACUGGAAGUUCGUGACAGUUGCUGUUUGCACCACAGUUGCUACUUUGAAGAAUACUUUUCCCACUCGUUAAACUGAAUUGAUUUUGUUAAACACUAUGGCUAAUUUUGUCGUUGGAACGGAGAAGUGGCUGAGGAUUCUAACAAGCAUCGGCGCUAUGUAUCUUGAGUGUAGUUUGUGGGGAGCUGUCCAGCCGUUGGUAUCGGAAUGGGACUGGGCAAUGAACAACGUGACGCGAGAGCCAACGGAAUCUCAAACCAGUGACGGAAAUGAGAUAGAGACAAGAACGAGUUUUACUGUUGCCGCCAUUUUCUUCGCGAUGGGACUUGUGGAAAUUAUUUUAUCACCCAUUACCGGCAUGGUCGCUGACAGGUGUGGAUUUGAUGUAAUGAUUCUCUUGAGCCUGUUAUGUGGUGUUUCACAGAGUCUCCUUUUCGGAUGCUUUGACGCAUCUGUUGUGACAGUUUUAAUCUAUCGUAUUCUCGGAGGUGCAUCUAGUGCUUUGUCGCAGACCAUUGGAAUUGCUCGGAUCAGAGAUGUGUAUACUUCUGAAUCGAGAGAGUGUAGCACCGCCAUUGCUGUAGGCAUGAGCAAAAUGGCCGCCGGUUAUUUUGCGGCACUUAUCACUGGAGAACUCUACCAUUUUAUGAAACAUCGAGUAUUUCUUUUGUUUCUACCUGUUUGCCUGAUACUCAUUAUUGGUGUAUUGUUAACGUUUAGAAAUGGAAAUUUCCAUUCGAAAACCGAACUCAAAGGAGAGGACGAAGGCAAGCAACACUUAUCGUCAAAACUGCGAUGGAGGGUCGUUUUCGAUGUUCAGCUCAUAAUACUUUGUAUCUGCUUCUUCGUUACGGGUCUUGGCGUUACAGCCUUGGAUCCCUCUCUCGCAGUAUGGAUGAAAUCCGUCUACGGAGCAGGUGCUGCCCCGGUGGGCUUCAUUCUUGGAGUAUGUGGCUUGGUUACAUUAAUAGCUAACAUCACCAGCGGUCAGGUCUUACAUAUCCUGAAGGACUGGUCUUGGAUCUUCUGCAUGACAUCUCUCUGCAUAACUGGGCUGCCAUUGGUGUUAAUAAACUUCUCACCGGAUAUUGUUUCUGCUGGCGUUGCCUUGUGUGGGUUUUUCUCUGGUCUUAGCGCAGUUCGUUUCACCCUAAUUUUGCUGUGCACCACCAUCGCCAACAGCCGCUAUCCCCAAGCGUGCGGACAUGUAUUUGGCAUUGUGAACAUUGGUUGGGCGGCCCCAUUUCUGGUGGGACCUCUCUUAGCACCCUACAUGUUUGGAUCAACCUGCGCCGUAUGCAUUAUUGGAGCAGCUUGUAUUGCCAGCGCGCCACUGGCCAUAUUUCUUCGGCAGCCGGAUUCCAACCAAGGACUCAAUUUAAUGGAUUGUUGUGCAGAUGACCACGGAGAAUAUAAAGUGCUGACCAAAAAUGACGGAGUACCGUUUGCAUAUGACAUCUCUGAAGAAACUCUACAGCCCAAAGUGAAAUAGGCCUAGCCCCAUGAGAGAUAACUGUGUGACAAACCCACUUAUCCUGUAAUCCUUUAGUAAUUGCUCCCGCGCUAGAGUUAUUGGUAUUUAAUGAAUAUUUCACGGUAAAUACCCUAUAAAAGCACUGACUGGCUUUUAUUCGCUUUUAGUUGGUGCCCAUGUACAACCAUUAUGUGCGAUUUCCAUUAGCACGUCGUUGAGCCGGCAUCUUCUGCCCUUUCUACCAAGCUACGUACCCCUCAUCGCUGGAUCGUGGCCGAGGCUGACUGUACUACCGGACGGAGUCCUGGACUGUCUUUUCUUUGCGACACAUUGGACAACUACUCACCAGUUGCGAUUUUACAUCGAUUUUUAAAAGCUGUGUGAAGGAAGCCAGCGAGGGAUCGGAUAAAACGCCGGAUAACAACAUGUUUGUCUUUCCGCUGCGUUCCUUUCCGGCCCUAGACCCCUUCAUGAAGAACCCAACCGACCUCCAGCCAUACAGUGUACAUGUCACGGCACAGAAGAGAUUUGACUACUUGCUGUCUAAAAGAUUGAGCCUUCAGAACGAACGUCAACAGCGCAUGCAACGACGCUGGCACCAUCUGAGUCCACAGGUCAUUCCCUGCAAGUGAUGCCAUGACAUCUCCCUCCUACAUGUGUACCCCAAAACCAAUUUUACUGUCUGAUAAUUCUGUGCUUGUGGUGAAAUUAUAUUUAUGCGUGUUCACACUGCUUCAGUCCAUGAUAAAGGCACAUUCAUGUGCAUGAUUCCAGUGGCGCACCCAAGGUGUAAUUUUUUUUCAGUCCCAGUAUUUGACCUUGGUGAUAUGAAUGUGGCCUAUUUUCGAGUAGUAUAAUAGGGGUGUCAUAGUUCGCC